AUGGCGACAGACUCGUCAGAGCACUCCACAGGAAAAGUUCCUUGUGCCUCCGACGAAGAAAAUAAGAAGUCAACAAGCAUAGAUCUAUGCCAAGAACUUAUAAAAACUGAAGAACCUUCCGAUGAAAUAUCAAACAGUGAGAUUAGUGAGUGUAGUGAUAGCAAUGAGGACUCGAGUGACAGUAGUGUAGGUAACAAUAGCACAAGUAGUGAGGCAAGUCUCACACCAGUCAAGCCCACAUUCAGAACAGUCACAGGUAGCAGUGGUAAGACCUACAAAUUUAAACGGACAUUGGAUGAUUCAGGGAUAGACGUUGAACUACCGUCAUCGCUUUUAUCAAAGCAACCAAGAGUGCAUCUUGGUGAACGCAUUGCGAUAUCAGGUGAUGGCCACAUGUAUAGUGUUCAAAGUGGGGGCAAACGUACACCAAAGAGUAAAAAGGUAAAAGAAAAGAAGAAAAAAAGCAAAUUGAGUAAAUCCACUAUGGAUGCAUAUUUGCCCUGUCGUAGAGUGAAGCGCGAAGCUAGUUUAAACGCUGCUGCACGUGUUAAUAUUAUGUACGAGAAAGAUGUAUCACCACCAAAGGUCAGUCGAAAACCGAGUACAUCAUCAGCUAGCAGCGUGGUAGCUAAGAAACCAAAUGUCACAGCAAAACAAAGUAUACUGAAGACAAAAGACUGUGACAAAAGCAUCAAGAAACUGAAAGGAAAACUGGAAUCAGGAAAGUCGAAAGACAAAACAAAAUCAACGGUAAAAAGGAUAAAAUUGGACAAAGAAGUGAAGAGUAGAAAAGUCACAAAUAAGAAAGGAACACUACCAAAAAAUACAAAGACAAAAUCUAUUGUAUCUAAAUACAAAAGGCUUAGUGGAAAUAAGGCGAACAAAAGUGGUGACAGGACUCUAAAGAAGUCGAUUAAGAAAAAGAAAAUGGAGGAUAAACAACCCAAGAAGCGGAAGUUGUCUGACAAAGAACAGACAAAAUCAAAAACGAAGAAAGUGAAAGCAGAUACGCAAAGGGCAGCUAGAACUGAUUUGUCUGUGGCGCCGAAAAGGGGCUACACUGGUGUACAGUGUGUGGGAUGUUACCAGCAUGCAAUGUGUUCAUCUAAGGGAAAGUUAUAUUGGGGAAAGUCUGAUUUUGGCGAGGGGAAAGAAGGGGAAAUUCUAUCAGAGGACUCCACUCAACCCUCUUAUACCAGCGUGCCACCUCAUGUACAGAUUGUUGAGGGAUCGCCGUAUGUGAAUACAGUGGUGCCCCACCAAACUCUGCCAGCCUGUCCCCGCUGUGCCCAGAGGAGUGGCCUCUUAACAACCCCACCCUGUCAGUCAUAUACACUGGGGGGUAUUGGCAGCAUCAGUUCUGUACAGGUGGUGUCUUAUCCGCAGCAUUUUGGCAGCUCCUUCCCCAUCUCUUACCCCACCAGCCAGUCGGCUCUACCUCAUUGUGGUUGCGCAGCAUGUUACAAUGCUUCAGGUAUCUACUACCCAUCAACAACCACACCCUUGCCCCACCAACCCCUUCCCCAUGACACCUGUCAUGGGCCUCCCAUCCCUAUACAUGUCACAGAGUCGGAGGAAUCCAAGAGUGAUGUUGACAUAGAUGUCGGUGAGCCAGAGGACAUUAAACCUACCCUGUCCACUCUGACCAACAAGGACUCAACCAGUGAAAAAUCACAGAGAAAAACCUCUGUGAGUAGUAUGAAAGGAGGGUCACAGAAAAAGUCGGCAGAGAAAAAGGUCACCUUGCAAGUUUCCAAACCAAAAAAGGCAGCAGAAAAAGUUUACGAGAGACAGAAGAGUAAAGAAACAAAGAAAAAACCCAAAUAUAACAAGAGCAUAUCACGUCAUGGAUGGGAGUUUGAUGGAGAACCAGAGAGAAAGAAAGUCAUGUCAUUGUGGCUGGGAAUGUCGGUGGAAACUAACUGUUAUCAGGCUAUCCGCCACGUUGAUGGUGAUGUUAUCAAGGUGAGGGAGUGUGUCCUGUUAUGCUCUGGACCUAAAAAGACAGACAUUCCAUAUGUAGCCAAGGUGACCAACUUCUGGGAACAUCCACAUGAUGGUGAGAUGAUGAUGAGCCUUCUGUGGUACUACCAGCCAGAACAUACAGAGUCAGGGAGAAAAUCCCAUCAUGCUGACUGUGAAGUGUUUGCCUCCAAACACAAGGAUGAGAACAGUGUGGCUUGUAUAGAUGACAAGGGCUAUGUCCUUACGUUUGCUGAGUAUUGCCGGUACCGAGCAGAACUCCAGAGACAGGAGCAUGGAAUUCCUCCUCAGCCCAAGGUUGUGCCUAGUCCAGAGGAUGAGUAUGUCCGCAAUGGGAAGCUGCCUCCCCAAGGAUGUGACCCAAACAAUGUCUACCUGUGUCGACAGGUGUAUGACUUCAAACUCAAAAGAAUACUCAAGAAUCCAUCCUGACAAUUAAACAAACCCUACAGAAUGAUGUACAACCUCAGGGAAUCUUCUCAUCAAUAUUCCUCAUCCAAUGUUCAUAUCCCAGAUAUCUAACUACA